AUGAUGAUGCCAAUAAGGAAGAGGAAGACGAGCAUGGGCCGACAAAAGAUCGAGAUUAAGCGGAUCGAGAGCGAGGAGGCACGUCAAGUGUGCUUCUCCAAGCGUCGCGCCGGACUCUUCAAGAAGGCCAACGAGCUCUCCGUCCUCUGCGGGGCUCACCUCGCCGUAAUCGUCUUCUCCCCCGCCGGCAAACCCUUCUCCUUUGGCCACCCCUCAGUCGACUCUGUUCUUGACCGCUUCCUACCCUCGUCGGCCCACCCUACUCCUCCUCCUCCUCCUCCUCCUCCUCCUCCUCUCUCCUUCAACGACCCCCGUGUGAUGACCGUCGCUGCCACCGCGCUGGUCCCCGAGCUCGACCGGCAGUACGUGGAGCUGGCUGAGCGACUGGAGGGAGAGCGGCGGAGGAAAGAGGCGCUGGAGGCUGCGCUUCUAGCGCAAAGGGGUGACUUUGCCAGGCUCAUGCAAUCCAGCUUGGAGGAGCUGGGCGUGGCGGAGUUGGAGAGACUGCAGGCCGCGCUAGAUAGGCUGCGUUCGGACGCAGCGAGGAGGGUGGACCAGCUGCUGACCGAGGCGCAGACCAAGAGACUAAUGUUGGCUAGCGAUCUUGGCAGUGUCGGCGGUGGAGCAUAUCUUGGAGGAGGAUUCAUUGCUGCGGCGGCGCCACCGCAGGGUGGUAAUAAUAUUGAUAUGCAGGCGAUUCCUGCGCCGGGGCAGGCUCCGACUGAUUUUGGUUAUGGCUACGGAUUUUCUAGUUAUUUGAUUAAUCAUAGUUAA